CUCAUCUCAGGUGUACGGUGCAGCCAUCCAGUUCUACGAGCCCUACUCCCAGGACUGUCUGACCGACCAGCAGCGCUCUCAGCUGGGUCUGCCGGGGCUGGACCACGGGCCCUCUUCCCCAGCCACCUCCCCCUCCACCCCAGCUCCGGGCCCCAGAGGGCUACACACCAACAAGUGUAUCUGUUUGCUGUCUCACUGGCCCUUCUUCGACGCCUUCCGCAAGUUCCUCACCUUCCUCUAUCGAUACUCCAUCUCUGGACCUCACACCCUGCCCAUCGAGAAGCACAUCUCCCACUUCAUGCACAAGGUCCCCUUCCCCUCCUCUCAGAGGCCCAGGAUACUGGUGCAGCUCUCUCCUCACGACAGCCUGAUGUUGAGCCAGCCUGUGUCAUCCCCUCUACCACUCAGUGGUGGUCGGUUCUCCAUACUGCUGCAGAACCUCGGUCCGGAGAAUGCUAUAACGCUCCUGGUGUUUGCUGUGACAGAACAUAAGAUCCUGGUUCACUCUCUACGGCCCGCUGUUCUGACCAGUGUCACUGAGGCUCUGGUGGCUAUGAUCUUCCCAUUCCACUGGCCGUGUCCGUACAUCCCUCUGUGCCCGCUGGCUCUGGCAGGGGUCCUCUCCGCCCCCUGCCCCUUCAUUGUGGGGGUCGACUCACGCUACUUUGACCUUUACGAACCCCCGCUGGACGUCAGCUGUGUCGACCUUGACACGAACACCAUCUCCCA